GCCUGGCUCGUGCGGGGCCGUUGGAGUCUCUCCCGGAGCCGGAGAAGUUUGUCUCCCGGCUCUGGGCAUGCGCAGGGGUGGGGGCAGUCACGCAUGCGCAGAGGCAGCGCUCACCAGCUGCGGAGCUGCAACCUCCAGGCACGCUGCAGAAUGACGUCCAUGUUUCGCUCCAGCUCAUCCUGUCCUCCCAUGGGAUAGGGAAGAGAAAUGGCUGCUGUGGAACCAGCCCAGAGACCGGUGACCUUCGAGGAGGUGGCUGUGUAGAAGAGUGGGCUCUGCUGGACCUGCUUAGGAGCCCUCUACGGACAAGUCAUGCAGAAGGACUAUGAGAGCGUGACCUCACUGGCAGGUGAUGCAAUGAUAUGUGAGAAAGAGGAGCAGAAUUCUCAGCAGGAAAAUGUUGAGCAAGUGGAUAAACACAGAGCAUUAUUGCAAAGAUUGGAAGAGAAUGUGUCCAGGAGUCAUGAGCAGGGACAAUCCUGUGAGAUUCAGCGCAGACCAGAAAGAGAGCAGGGAAACCAGCCAGGGGAGAAAGUGGGUAAAUGUAUUUCCUGUCGAGGAACUCGGAAAGACCUCAAGGAAACCACAACCCAGCAGGAAAUCCUCAUGGGAAAGAGAAAAAAUCCAUGCACUGAGUGUGGAAAAAACGUAUGUGACUACUCAGCCCUUAUAAAGCAUCAGAGAAUCCACCCAGGAGAGAGGCCAUAUGAAUGCAGUGAGUGUGGGAAAAACUUUACUCGCAGAUCACACCUUAUUACCCAUCAGAGAAUCCACACAGGGGAAAGGCCCUAUAAAUGCAGUGAGUGUGGGAAAAGCUUCACUACCAGCUCAGCCCUUUCUGAACAUCAGAGAAUCCACACAGGGGAGAGACCCUAUGAAUGCAGUGUGUGUGGGAAAACCUUCACUCGCAGCUCGCACCUUACUAGGCAUCAGACAAUCCACACAGGGGAGAGCCCCUAUGAAUGCCGUGAGUGUGGGAAAAGCUUCAGUACCAGCUCAGCCCUUUCUGAACAUCAGCGAAUCCACACAGGGGAGAGGGCCUAUGAAUGCAGUGAGUGUGGGAAAAACUUUACUCACAGAUCAGGCCUUUUUCUACAUCAAAGCAUCCACACAGGGGAGAGGCCCUAUGAAUGCUGUGAGUGUGGGCAAACCUUCAGUCGCAGUUCACACCUUAGUACGCAUCAGAGAAUCCACACAGGAGAGAGGCCCUAUGAAUGCCGUGAGUGUGGGAAAAGAUUCACUACCAGCUCAGCCCUUUCUGAACAUCUGAGAAUCCACACAGGGGAGAGGCCCUAUGAAUGCCAUGAGUGCGGGAAAAGCUUCACUGUCAGCUCAUCCCUUUCUGAACAUCAGAGAAUCCACACAGGGGAGAAGCCCUAUGAAUGCAGUGAGUGUGGGAAAACCUUCAGUCGCAGCUCGUACCUUUUUCAACAUCAGAGAAUCCACACUGGUGAGAGGCCCUAUAAAUGCACUGAGUGUGGGAAAAAAUUCACUACCAGCUCAGCUCUUUCUGAUCAUCAGAAAAUCCACACCAGUGUGAGACCCUAUAAAUGUACUGAGUGUGGGAAAACCUUCAAUCACAGAUCAACCCUUAUUAGACAUCAGAGAAUCCACACAGGGGAAAGGCCCUAUGAAUGCAGUGAGUGUGGGAAAACCUUCAUAAACAGUUCGAACCUUAUUAGGCAUCAGAGAAUCCACACAGGAGAGAGGCCCUAUCAAUGCAGUGAGUGUGGGAAACACUUCACUACCAACUCAGCCCUUUUUCAACAUCAAAGAAACCACACAGGCGAGAGGACCUAUAAAUGCAGUGAGUGUGGGGAAAGCUUCACUACCAGCUCAGCCCUUUCUGAACAUCAGAGAAUCCACACAGGGGAGAGGCCCUAUGAAUGCAGCGAGCAUGAGAAUACCUUCUCUUGGCACUCAGCCCAUGUUAGGCAUCAGAGAAUCUGCAAGGGAGAUCAACACCAUAAAAACCUCUAGGGCUAUCUAUACUUUUUUCUUUAAUACUUUUCCUGAUUCCCACAUACUAACUUUUAAAGCUGUUUGAACUGUUUGCUGCACAGUUAUCCCUCAGCUUGUCCAGAUGAGUGGUGCAUUUUUGCCUUUUGCCAUUCACCCUCUUUUGAAGUUGACCUAUUUGUCCUUUCUGUCAACUCCAUUGUCCCGUGACUAUUUCAAGUGUGCCCUUCCUAUCCGGAACAAGGGAGCAUCACAUUUAUACCAUUCCUUCUAUUGCAAAGUUAUUGUUAGUCACCAAUGAUACAGAUUGUAUCAUUUCCAGUUGUUCUCACAUUGCUCUGGGUUGUGCUGAAGAGCAGUUAUAUUGGGAACUUUUCAAAUUAUAUUUAAAUGAAGAGGAGCGGGGCAGGGGGAAAAGGGGUCAUUUUGGCCUCUGUGACACUGGAAGGGGAUGGGAUGACUCAGAGAUUACCUCCUUCCCCAUCACUGCAGAACUGAUACCUUUUGUCUGAGCCAUACACCGUUUAUCUUCAUUACAUUCUACCCCUCCACUUCUCAAAGUGUCAUGUGAGGAACAGUUUUCAGCUGUUUGUGCUUGGAGAUGUUGUUUUGACUUCUUUAAUCCUAAAUCAGAGUCAUUGUGACUGCAGAUGAAAGUGUGAAAGACCUGGAAAGGGAAUUCAAAUGGAUCCCAAACACAGUGUGAUCAUUUGGAGUUAAAAUCGCAGGUUCUAUCUGUUGGUAAAGCCACUUCUGGCAAGGUGGCUGUCACCUCACUCCCCACCCCCAUUAUUUGGAUGCUAGGAUAGUAUAAAUGUUGCAAAUAACAUAACUGAUUAUUGAGACAGUGCUGAGUGAAGUAUGUUUGAAUGAAUCAGAGGAGAAUGUGAUGGGAGAAUCUCUUGUCCCAAUUCUGAAUAAUCAGAUGUAACCUGCUCUGGAAUUUGACUUGACACUUUCAUUGUCAUGUAUUCUAUCUCUCUGUGUUGUGGAUUUCUAUCUUUCCUGAAGGCUGUUUCGUCACCCAAUUGGAUAUUAGUUCUGUUUGAUAGAAUGUAGCUCAGAUUUAUUGGAGAAUUUAAGAGAAAUGACCAUUUACUAAACUCAUCAUUUCUCACUUCAGCUUUGCUUUUCCUCCAUCCCUCCAUGAUGACAUGGGGAAAGUUCAAGUGCAGUUCUGUCAACGGAGAGAACUCUCCAAUUUACUGGACAUGCUAACAAAGAAACAGCAGUGAUUUAAAAUCUCCACUCGGAAAUGGUGAACAACAGCAGAACCCCAGCUAAUUGGAGGAAGUGCAUAUGAUCACAGAGUAGUUCAAUUGUUGAAGUCAAUAUUGUCUCAGAUUAUCCAGGGAGAGAAUUCCACAUUAGGUGAUUUUGAAGUGGGCAAAAUGCACAUGUAUUUGGUUCCUAAAGCAUGUGUAACCCAUGCCCUAGAGAAGACUUUUCCUAGUUAACCCUAUAUUAUGGGAGAUGCUGCCCUUCACGACACAGAUGUUGAGGAAAUAGAAGUGCGGGUUUAGUUGAAUUUAUCCUGUGUAGGUGCUAAAAAUGUGCAUAAAAUGAAAUCAGUGUUGUAAGUCUAAUAGUUGCAGAAAAAUAGCUAUUUUCACACCCCUGAGCCAAUGUAGUUAUACCAAUAAAUGUCUUUAGUGUAGACCA